AUGAACUUGGGCUCAUUACAUUACUUUCUUGGUGUUGAGGUUCUUCCCAUAGCCACUAGUUUGUUCCUAUCUCAGCAUAAAUACAUUCAUGAUCUCUUGGUCAAUGCAAGGAUGGAUGGUGCAAAGGUUGUCAAUACGCCUCUCUCUACCACUGGACCACUUAUGCUCCAUGAUGGCUCCUCCCCAAUUGAUGCAACUCACUGCCGUUGUCUUAUUUGUGGUCUCCAAUACCUCAGUCUUACAAGGCCUGACAUCUCCUUCGCCGUCAACAAGCUCUCUCAGUUCAUACAUUCUCCUUUUGAGACUCAUUGGCAGGCACUCAAGCAUCUUCUUCGCUACUUAAAGGGUACCAUCUCUUUUGGAGUUCAUCUUUCACAUGGAUUCAGUCUUUAUUGCGUGAAAUUGGUAUCCCUCUUCCCACAACACCAGUUGUCUCCUGUGAUUAGAGCUGUGCGGUUGGACCGCAAAUACCGGAAAUCGGCAGUUUCCGACCGAUAUUUUCGAUCGGCAAAUCGUUGA